GACGUGUGUAGCUUAGACUCAUAAAUGGGCCGUGGAGCAGCUAGAGGGGAGAGGAAGCCAACUCCUGAGCACUUGAGGUGGACCGAGCACUGGAGACCAGGGCCAUGGGCUGGAACCUGAAGGUGAAGAUGCUGGGGGGCGAGGAGCACCAGGUGUCCCUGAGUGACUCCACGAUGCUGUCGGAACUGAAGCAGCAGAUUUUCCAGAAGACUGGCGUGCCUGCCUUCCAGCAGCACUUGGCCCUGCCCAGUGGCUCCGUGCUGCAGGACAGGGUCCCUCUCAUCAGCCAGGGCUUGGCCUCUGGCAGCACAGUCCUGCUGAUGGUGCAGAACUGUGACAGCCCCCUGAGCAUCCUGGUGAGGAACGACAAGGGCCGCACCAGACCCUACAGCAUCAGGCUGACGCAGAAGGUGGCGGAGCUCAAGCGGCAGGUUUGCCAGCAGGAGCACAUCCAGGAAGAUCUGUUCUGGCUGAGCUUCGAGGGGAGGCCCAUGGAAGAUUCGCAGCUGCUGGGGGAGUAUGGACUCACCCCUCAGAGCACUGUGUUUCUGAACCUGCGCCUCCGCGGGGGCGGGGCCUAGAAGAAGAGAGGAGCCCCAACGAGGAUCAAGUGCUAGGAAUAAAGAUGAUGUAAAGGACAAA